AUGACUCCAUUUCAUAGUCCACCUUUCCCAGGAUUCUUCCCUAAACAUGGUGUACCGCAGAUAAUUCUUCAUUCAAAGGAUGUGGACUUGUCAGGUCAAGUUGCGAUCAUCACAGGUGCGAAUUCGGGAUUGGGUUUCCAUGCCGCCAAGCAUCUUCUCUGUCUCAAAUUGUCGCAUUUGAUCCUCGCUGUCCGGUCCAGGGAGAAGGGAGAAGGAGCUGCUGCAAACAUCCGAGGACAAUAUCCUUCUUCUCGAAUAGAUGUCUGGGAUCUAGAUAUGUUAUCAUACGAAUCGAUUCAAGCUUUCGCACGACGCAUUGAGACAGACCUGGAUAGGCUUGACAUGACGAUCCUAAAUUCUGGCAUCGCCCACUCAACACUGACAACCUGCCCCAGUACGGGCCAUUGCGAAAACAUCCAAGUCAACUACCUAUCCACAUUCCUACUAGCGAUUCUCAUUGUUCAAGCUCUGAAAAAACUGAAGGGCAAAAUCCCACCAAUGGCAUCGACUCCCAGGGUUACUAUCGUGAACUCCGGACCAGCAUUAGCAGCAAAGUUUCCCAAUCGAAAUAGGAGACCUCUUCUUGCAUUAUUCGACAACACGAAUAUUCAGUCCUACGAUACUCUAGAGCGAUAUUCCGUUUCCAAACUUCUCGGUCAUCUAUUUUUCGUCCGUUUGUUGAAGUUUCUCGAUCCAGAGGACGCCAUUGUCAACUUCGUCCAACCCGGACUCUGCAAGGGCACUCGCUUAUUUCGCGAAGCACCAGUGGUAAUGAAUGCUGUUUUCUCCGUCGUCAAGUUGUUGACCGCCCUAUCGGUAGAAGAUGGUGCAUGGUUGUAUGUUGAUGCUGUAGUAUUGAGGGGUAAAGAGUCACAUGGCUGCUUUGUCAGUGAGGGGAAGAUUCAACCAUUUGCCAGCCUUGUAUACUCCGAAGAAGGAAACAAAGUGAUGGAUGCGCUCUGGGAAGAAACCAUGGCCGAGUACGACUUUGCUGGGAUUCGUGAGCUGUUACAGUCUCAAGUAUGA